AUGGCUUCAGAGAUCCAGUCCUAUUUUGUAGGGAUCUAUAUAGUGUUAUUUUGUUGUAUACCUAUUACUUCCUCCUUUUUGUUGGACGACCGAAAAGUUAACUGUCCCAACCCGGCCAGUCACUGCUUGAACGAGACUUACAACAUGGUGUUCGAGAACUUGGGUUGUCUUGGUUGUCAGACUGGCUGUCAACCCGGUUACAUCAUGACCGCCAACCCCAGAUAUUUCGUCAGUGGGAAUGGCACAGACGGCUCCUACACGUACGAAGGAUUGGCUAUACCGCGGUCUAAAAACGUAUCUGAACCGCAAUGGCUCUGUUUUGCCGGAACUACCUGUCCGUUUGGUUACUUCUUGUCAAAAAUUGGGUCCUUUGAUUCCUGCGCAUACUGUGGUGAGGGAUGCAUGACGUGCCAAAGUUACGACAACUGUGACAACUGUGUCCUGGGUUACUGGGUUACCCACAACACCGGAACCAGUGUCAGCGCUUCCACGUGUACCAAUUCUGGAGUCCUGUGUCCCCAGCCCCGCGACGGCUGGCACUGUAAGCAUCAAGUCUACGCCCGGGCUGUUGUUGGGUGCUCCGGUUGCGUCAUUUGUGAAGAUGGCUACCUGCCCACUUCCAACCCAAACUACCGGCGAUCUGCCGACAAAGUGACCAGCACCUACAGUUAUAUGGGUCUACAGAUACCCGGGUCUAUUGAUAUCACUGAAGGUCGGUACACUUGUAUCAAAGGAAAUACUUGCCCAGCUGGGUUUUCAAAUGUCACACGAAAUGGAUUACAACUGUGUGAAG